AUGGUGCCCAACAUUUUGGGAGCGUCCUCAUCGCAGGACGCGCGCAAGCCAUCGCCACCGGCCGACACAUCUGCCCACGUGCUGCGCGCGAGGUCGCAUGAACAGCCUGUGAGUUUGUUGGAUGAUAGCGCCCUGGUCGACUUGCUCGCGACCAACCUAUCCAAUGACGUCUCCGAUGCGGAUAUGGGCUAUUUUGGCCCAUCUUCGAACCAUUUCAUGUUUCGCUCUCUCUCGGAAGUCUUCGUGGAAGCAUCGCAGCUGUUCGGCGCCGACGAGCCCAGUACCGAGGGUCCACUAUCAACCCUACCCGCACAACAGGCAAGCGAUGAUGCUCCGACGCACGUUGACCUCCGACAUCCAGGGGACCAGGAGCAUUUUGCCCGGGGCGGUGGCAUCCCGUACAUCCUGCCUCGUUAUCAGGAUACCAUCCUCCUAAUAAACCAUUACUUUGCGACGGUUGGCCUCGUCCUGCCAUACGUUGACAAGGCUUCUUUGCUGUCCCAUUAUCUCAAAGCCAGCGGCGAAAACCCGCCCAGGUUCCGGCGUGCGAUUUUCUCCCUGAUUUCUAUCAUCUGUGCAUUUUCACUCAAUUCAUUGGAGAAUGAUCAGGCGGAGGUUUAUUAUCAGCGGGCAUUGGCCGUCCUCGACCCACGCUGUCUGAGAGAAUCAAGCGUAGAAAUCGUUCAGGCGCUUCUCUUGAUUCUUGCCUACCAGCAGAACAGCCAGCGCUCAAUCAGCAGCUGGACGACUCAUGCCUUGGCUGUCAAAGCUGCCCUCCAGCACGGGUUGCACUUGCCCACUAUCCGGAAACUCCAGACCAAGGCCGAUGCCGAGCUGAUGCAGCGUCUCUGGACGGGAAUUGUUUUCAAUGACGGGGUGCUUGGAAUGACAUUAGGCAGGCCGGCACUUGUGCACCCUCGCUUAUUGCAGUCUCAGCAGACUCCAGGCUUGCAGUACCAUCAGCAUUCGCCCCAUAUCAUCACGGUCGAGUCGACCGGUGGCCAGGCUUAUUUCUCUACACUUGGGUCCUCAUCUGUCCUGCUCGCUGCCAUCGUGGAGCAUAUGUACAAUUAUAACGUCGAGACACUGCAAGAACGGCGUCUCCCUGAUUUGGGACGCACCUACAACGAACUGUUCGGGCGCCUCGAGGAGUGGAGGGAGAGCAUCGCCCCUUUUGGCGGUCUUGUGUCGGUUCCCACACUCCGUGAUCUGGCCAACGGAUCCUUCGACACACUGAGGCUACAAAUCCUUCUGUCCAUGCACUACUAUCGCCUGCGCUUGUUGAUUGGCUGGCCCAUCCUCAUAUCCUUUGUUGACAUGCUGGUGGAGAGUGUGACCAAGCCGCAUCUGGGCCAGUCCUUCCCUUCGGAAGAGUACACGGCUAUGGUCAACGCCGACUGGCUCGCCAUCAGGGAGCUAGGUGGGAUAGUCCACGCCGUGGUCGUCGCGGUGGAACCCUUUUUGCACUCCAACGCAGCCUGGUACACCUGCAAUUACUUAGCACUCACUGUGUGCCUUCACGCAUUCAUCCUGAUGUUGGCGACCAAGUUCGACACCGACAGUCGGCUCGGCUUUUCAACCGCAGAGACCAGAGCGACUUUGGAAACUACCUUGGGAACCAUGAAAGUGUUGGCAGAGACAAGCUUGAUGACAUUCAAAGCUCGCAACUGCUUGGUCAAGCUAUUGGGGGCCUUUGACAUGCUAGACCAACACCCGAUGGCGUCCGUACCCGAAAUGAUGAACUCGCAUAUGUACCUUUCAGAAUUCAUCAGAAAGUCCGCGGACGAAUUUCUCUUCCAGCCAGGUCUGGAGGACUUUCUGGACACCGAUGUCAGCUAUGGUGAGGGUACUCAAUUUUGA